AUGACGCUUAAAAAAUUCUUUUAUAAGCUGGUUAAUAAUGAAAUUUCACCAGAUACAUUAGUUAAUGUAGGUGAUUUUGAGCAAAUAAAACGUAUUGAUUUAAGUAAAUCAAUUGAUCCACUGAUGAAUACAACACAAACAAGUCCUGAUUGUAAAACUAUCGAACUCACUAGCAACUUUGGAAAGAAUGUCUAUUAUUAUCUUCAUAAUGAUGGAGUGCAAUAUAGCAAUUUAGAUAAAUAUGAUAAAUACAAAAACAG